AUGGAAGAUUUAGGUUUCUCAGAAUAAGACAGGGAUGCUUUAGAAAGGGAAUUUUAGGAUAUUAUCAACGAGUUAGCUAAUGAGCCUGCUUUAGAGAGAUUUAGACAAGAAUAUACAAAAUUACACCAAGCAUUUCGAAACGCUUAUGAUUAAGAAAGACGAUUACUAAGAAAGUUGAGAGAUAUAAAUAGUGAUAUUUUAAAUAAUGCUGGCAAAGUAACCAAUGCUCUGAAAUUUUCACAAGAAGAUAGUGAGAGAAUUAAGUUACUCAAAACUGAACUUGAUAACACCUACAAAGUUAUAGAAUAGGCUUAGAUGAGGGAAGACAAAUUGAAAUAGAAAAUUGAAAACUUUUAAGCUGAAAUUAAGCAUUUAUAAGAUUUGGUUGAGUAAGGUAAUGCUCUAUAGAGUUAAACCAACAAAAUCACAGAACUCUAAACUUAGAAAGAGGAUUUUAUUAAAGAAAGGGACAGUCUGUAAGCGGAGUUAAUCAAAAACAGAUCAGAAACAGGUAAUCUAAUUGAAAAAUUGAAACUGUUAGAAAAUGAAAAAUUAAUACUUGAUUAAAGCUCUCAAUAGCUCAAAAAGAAUUUACAAGAAAUGUAAGAAAAGGUAGAUAAGGAUGAAUAAAGAAGAAAUAACAUUAAUGAAGAAUUAGAAUAAUUAAGGUAGAACUACAUUAAAACAAAAAAAGAAUAUGAAAAAUAGAAAGAGGAUUUAUCAAAAGUUUAAGUUGAAUUAAAGAAACAAACAGAAACUUUAUAGAAAAAGGAUAUUGACAAAGAAAUUGAGGAAAAUGAACUUAAAAAUUUAAGAGAUCAAGUGACUGAUGUUAAAAAAAUUUACAAAGAGAUUAUGACUAAAAAAGAAGAAAAUGAAGAUAUUAGGGAAAGUAAUGAAGCUGAAAUAAUUAAAUUGAAGAAUGAGAAGAACAAUGCCAGAACUCAUUUGAAUUAAAUAGAAAAGAAAAAUAAUAAUUUAAAUAAGAAAUUGCUUCGAUUUAUAGAAACAAAGAGAUAAAAUUAUAAAAGAUAAGGAGAUAGACAUGUUACAGAUACAAAGAAGUUUAAUGAAUAAGAUUAGUAGUUACUUGAGGAGUUGAGAAAAGCACAUAUAAAUUUUGCUAAUCAUAAAGCAAAAUCUGAAGAAUACAAUAGUAAAUUAAAUGAAAAAAUCAAUUUGAUUGAUAAGGAGAUAGAAUCAUAUGAAAAAGAAAUAUUAUAACUCUAAGAGGAGGUAGAUGAAAGAGAGAAGUAAUUUGUAAUCAAUACAAAAAAGAAGGAAAAAUUUGGAAAGGAUGCUGCUUUAAUAAAUGCAAAGUUUUUGCAUUCUCAAGAGGAGAUUAAAUUGAAAGACAAUUUAAUAAGUGAAUUUUAGAAGAAAAAUAUUGAAACAGAUAAUAAAUUAAAACAAUAAUAACAUUUAUAUGAGGAAGUCAGGUCAGAUAGAAACUUAUACUCUAAAAACUUGUUAGAAACAUAGGAUGAGAUUGCUGUAAUCAAAAGAAGACAUAAAAUAGUUUAGCAUCAAAUAGCUUAAUUAAAAGAAGAAAUUGAUGCAAAAGAAGUUGCUUUAGCAAAAGAACAUUUUGAACAUAAAAAGAAAGACAAAACUAUAGAGGAGUGUUGUAGAAUUCUAGAAAAGAACAGAAAGGAGAUUGAGGAAAAAGAAGAAACAAUCAAGAAUUAUGUUGGAGAAAUAUCCAAAUUGCAUUUUGUUUUAAAAGAUAGCGAAAUUAAGAGACAAAAACUUAAGGAGGAAUAUGAAACAGUAGUAUCUGAAAGGGAUAUUUUGGGAAUGAUGAAUCAGCAUUAUUGUAUGAGAAAAUUAAGGUGUAAUAAGAAACUUUGGCAUAUGGAGAAUAUGACCAUUGAAUUAUUGAAAUUCAAGAUUUCUGAUCUACAAAGAGAGCUGGGUUAAGCUCCAAUUUUAAAGGAAAAGAUAAAUAAUUUAUAAAAAGAUUUAGUGGAAGAAAAAUUGAGAGUGAAAGCUUUAAGUGAAGAAUUGGAGAAUCCAUUAAAUCCUUAAAGAUGCAAGAAACUUGGAGGAAGUGAUCCAGAUGUAUAUGAAAUGAAAUAGAAAAUAAAAACUUUGUAAAGAAGACUCAUCUAUAAAACUGAAUAAGUAGUAGAGAAAGAAGUCCUAAUCCAAUAGAAGGAAAAAUAAAUACUUGAAUUGAGAGAUAUAAUGAGGAAGUAACCAGGGUUGGAAGAGGCAACUUAAAUCUCAAAAUUGUAAGAGCAAAUGAAGGCCAAGACUAGACAAAUGAAAAGUUUGGCUGCAGAGCUAAAUAUGUAUUAAGCUUAGAUCAACGAAUACAAGUAUGAUAUUGAAAGAUUAAAUAAAGAACUUUAGGAGACUAAUAGAAAGUAUUUGGAAUAAAGAAGGAGAGAGUAGAUCUAAUAGGAACAAUAAUAAUUAAUGGAAUAAAAUCAAUAGAAUUAACAACCGGAAUGA